CUCCCAAUUAAUGUAGUUAAGAAGUGGAAUACUUAAGAAGCCUCCAACAAGAAAUUAUAUCUCAGCAUAUCAAAUAUUUUAUGCAUAAAAAUUUCCUGAUUUGAAAAAAGAGGGAAAACAAUAAGUAAGUGAAGUAGGUCAUAAAAUAUCUGAAAUGUGGAGAGCCUUAGAUGAAGAAGAGAGAUAAUAUUAUGAAGAUUAAUUUAACGAAAUGGAAUCAAAAUAUAAAGAAGAUUUAAUUUUAUAUUAUGGAGGAAAUGCUUCAGAUAUUAAAAAGUAUAAAGCAUUAAUGGAAAUUCCUGAAAAACCAAAAAAACCUGCUUCUUCAUGUCUAGUCUAUAUUGCAGAACAUAGAAAAGAAUAUAGUCAUGAAAAUCCUGAAUUUAAUACAGCAAAAGUUACAAAAAAUUUAGCAGACAAAUAUAAUGUACUUCCAGGAAAAGAGAAAAAAAAGUAUGAAGAAGAUUUUUAAAAAAAAUUGGAAUAAUACAAUAAAGAAGUUGAAAUUUGGUAGAAGUAAGAUUUUAUUUAAAAAAAUAGAAAAUAUGCUGAAAAGUAAGAAUAAUUUGAUAAAUUGAUAGAGGAAAAAUUUAAACGAUCUGUUUCUAAAUAAGAUUUAGAAUAUUAAGAAUUACCUCCAUAUAAAAGAGGACCAAGAAAAAUGAAAGAUGAAGAUGAGACUGCUCCAUAAAAACCAGAAAUUAAGGAAAAAGAAGUUAAAAAGGAAGAAAAAAAAGAAGAAAAGAAAGAUGAAAAAAAGGAUGAUAAAGAUAAGUAUUUAUUAAUAAUAAUAAUUAGAUUAAAAAACACUAAAAAUGCCAAAGAUGAAGGUAAAGGUGUUUAAAAUAAAGGAGAAUCAAAAAAAUAAUUAGAUAAAGAUCAAAAAGAUGGAUAAAUGAGAAGAAAAUCUGGUUAAAGAAGAUAUUGA